GUCAUGUCAUUCUCUUCAGCUCGUUCUCUUGGGCGCAUUGGGCGCAUCAAUACUGCGCGUUUAGUGCAUGCUCAAUCCAGGUAUGCUUCAACCAAGUCCCUGGAGGAUACAUUGGCCGACAUCAUUCCUGAAAAGCAGGAACAGCUCAAGGCUUUGCGCUUGAAUCAUGGAGGCGACGUGAUUGGCGACAUCAAGGUCGAGAAUGUCAUCGGAGGAAUGCGUGGGUUGAAGGCUAUGCUCUGGCACUGUUCAGCGCUAGACCCGAACACUGGAAUUCGUUUCCAUGGCCUCACAAUCCCCGACUGCCAGAAGGUGCUACCUCCCGCACCAGGUGGGAAGGAGAUUCUCCCAGAGAGCAUGCUCUGGUUGCUCCUGACUGGCGAGGUUCCAAGCCCUGAACAGGUCCGGGAUCUGUCUCGGCAGUUGGCUGAGGAAGGCGAGCUUCCCAAGAAAAUCGCCGACGUCGUAGAUUCGUUCACACGCGACGUGCAUCCAAUGACCCAGCUGUCAAUGGGCGUUGCUCUCAUGAACACUGACUCAAAGUUUGCCCAUGCCUAUGAGACAGGCGUCAAGAAGACGGAAUAUUGGAGAUAUGCGUUCAAGGACUCGAUGAAGUUAAUUGCGCAGCUGCCUGCUUUGGCGGCUCGUAUCUAUAAGAACGCAUACUACCCAGAUGUUCCACUGCCUGCUGUUAGGAAGGAUCUUGAUCUUGUCGGGAACUACUCCAAUAUGCUUGGGUAUGGAGACAAUGAGGGCAUGACCGAGUACCUGCGAUUGUACAUCGCGCUUCAUGGGGACCACGAGGGAGGCAACGUGUCCGCCCAUACUGCUCAUCUGGUUGGCUCUGCGCUCUCUGACCCAUACCUCUCGUAUGCCGCUGCAUUAUGCGGCCUUGCUGGUCCACUCCAUGGGCUUGCUAAUCAGGAAGUCCUGCGGUGGAUGCUCGCGAUGCAGAAUGACAUUGGUCCCGGCACAGACGUCACCCCAGAGCAGAUCAAGGAUUACCUAUGGACGACACUCAAAGCAGGGAAAGUCGUACCUGGCUACGGUCAUGGUGUACUGCGUGACCCGGAUCCGCGAUUCAUCGCCCUGCAGGACUUCUGCGACAAGCGCCCCGAACUGGACUCGAGCCCCAUCAUCCAGUUAGUGAAGAAGACGUACCAGGUGGCGCCGGGCGUCCUGAGAGAGCACGGCAAAACUAAGAACCCGAAUCCGAAUGUUGAUGCCACAUCGGGUUGCUUGCUGUAUCACUACGGUCUAACGGAGUUCAAGUACUAUACCGUCAUCUUCGGCGUGUCUCGGGCCCUUGGUUCCCUAUCCCAGCUGGUGUGGGAUCGCGCCCUAGGCUUGCCUAUCGAACGUCCUAAAUCCGUCACGAUGGAGGAGAUCGAGCAGAUGGUAAAAAAGACAUGAACAUUUGGCAACGUAGAACAACGGUUUGAGGUAGGUGAGGGUGUCCAAUAAUACUAGUACAAAUGAGCAAUCAUCUCUUUACAAAACCGUAAUCGGGAGCCUGUCUCGGGUAUCGCGAAGCCUACGCAGGGUCCCCAGGGCCUGCGAUAGUUGGAACCUAUAGAACCUAUACAGCGGUAAUUCCCGUCGAAGGCACAAGAAGAUGGGAAUACUAAGGCGGUGAAAAUAUCCAAACUAGAAAGAUGUAAGGCGACGUACUCGACCACCGAAAGAAGCCUGGUCCUAGAUGCGUCGAGGGUAUUUCUGCAGUACAUUGUGCGGGCGCUGCCCGCCCUGUUCAGGCGGCGGUUGUUGCGCCGGAUAUCCAGCCGCGUUCGACGUAUUCGGCCUCUGCUGAACGGGCAUAGCCUGCCGCUGAGGCUGUCCAUUGGGCGGUACCGCGUUCGCCGUCUGGGGUCGCUGGAGAACGUUAGGCCCAGGUGCGCGGAGCUGUUGCUGUUGUACCGGCGGACGACCGUUCUGCGGUAGAGGGAGAGAACCAGCUCGAUUGGGCUGGGGCAUCUGGUUGCGCGGAUCCGGUCGCGGCUGAGGUUGACCCUGCAUAGGUGUGGGCACGGGUGCUGCAGGUGGGGCACUUCCUGCUGCCUUCUCUGCUGCUUUGAUGAUCUCGUCAUCAAGGAGAUUCAGUGCAGCACAGAGCACUACCCAUUCGACACAAUCUUCAUUGCCCUCUCCCAACGUCUGCCAUACAGCUUUCUCCUCGGCCGUCUUUCCAGUGAUCGAUAUUCGCGUCCCACCGCCAUUUGGGUUCUUUUGGAUCUUCCCGAACUCGAUACGCUUGGGUGGAAUAAGGUGCCCAGCAUAAGCAAAAUAGAACAUGCUCCAGAAUGUCGCGUUGGGAUUUGGCUUGGAUAUCUGGAACAGCGGCAGAUCGGUCUGAUCCUGCGCGGGAAGAGAGAGCUUGUAGAUAGGAGUGAGGAUGCCCGUGUUCGUGAUUGUCCAUUUGAGGUUGCGCGAUGCUUCACAGCGUACGAAGCGCGUGGCUGAGGAAGAGCUAUGCCCCGGGUCGGACAGGGUUGCACCACCGCGCUGGUUGCGUGGGGGAGGGAAGAGCUU